AUGAGACUUGUACUACAAAAAGUGAAGAAUGCUUCAGUAACAGUGGACAAUAAAAUCAUCUCAUCAAUAGGUAAUGGUUUAAUGCUAUUAGUCGGUAUUUCAACUUCAGAUACACAAGAAGAUGUAUCAAAGUUAAGCAAGAAAAUACUAUCAUUAAGAGUUUUUGAAGAUAUAACGAAAGAAGCAGGAACAAAUACAGAAUGGGUAGGCAAACCAUGGUCAAAAUCAAUAAAAGAUAUUGGAGGUGAAAUAUUAUCUGUUAGUCAAUUUACUUUAUAUGGUACUAUAAAGAAGGGAAGUAAACCAGAUUUUCAUAAAGCUGCAAAAGGUGAAGAUGCUAUAAAAUUAUAUACUUUAUUUUUAGAUCAAUUGAAAGAUGGAUUGGGCAAAGAAAAAGUAAAAGAUGGUGAAUUUGGUGCUAUGAUGGAAGUAAAUUUACAAAACUCGGGUCCUGUCACAAUUGUUUGGGAUACACAAGAUUCAAUAUUAUAG